AUGACUGAUCAUCAACAUCAUCAUAAUGAAACAUCAGAACCUGAAACAAGUUAUCAUGAUUCUAAAAAAGCUGAUGAUAAUGAAUAUGAUAAUACUGAAGAGCCCAAUGAAAUUCUAUGUGAUUUAUGUCAUGAUCAAGAUGAACAAGCAACAAAAGUUAACAAGCGAAAACAAGCAUUUCAAGUUCAUCAUCUAAAAGAACUGUUUGAAACUAAAUUGGGUGCCAAACAUGUUGAAUACGAAUAG